AUGAUUCCGAUGAGCGUAAAGGUUUUCAAUUUGUUGGCAUCGCUGUUGGAGAAAAAGUUAACAAGAAUUUCCCGCAGGAAACCUAUCGAGCCGGAGUGCCGCUUGGUGUUAACAUUAAUGUAUUUAGCACAAGGUGCAAAGUGGCAAACUAUUGCAUGGACUUUUCGGAUGGGCCUCUCUACUGUGCGCAAAAUAGUUUUUGAAACUUGCGAAGCCAUUUGGGAUGAGCUAUGGGCAAUUUAUUUGCCUCCACCAAAUGAAUGCGAAUGGGAAAGCAUAGCUUUGGAAUUUUAUACAAAGACUGGGCUACCACAUUGCGUAGGAUGCAUCGAUGGCAAACACAUCAGCAUUCGAUGUCCACCACGCUCUGGCUCGCUCUAUUACAACUACAAAAAAUAUCAUAGCAUAGUUUUAUUAGCUGCUUGUGAUCACAAUUACUGUUUCACCGCAGUCGAUAUAGGUGCAUAUGGCAGUCAGAGCGAUGGUGGAAUAUUGCGAGCCAGCUCUUUCGGCA